GUGGUGCUUUUUUAUAUUGUAAUUCAGAUGAUAACAGCAUUUUCUCUUUGUUGGUUCAUUUUGCAUAUAAUCCGCUGAACUAAUUGACUGUGCAAAUAAAAUUAAAUUAGAUUUUACAAUACAAAUUGACUGUGACUUAAAUUUGGAUCUAAUAAAUAGUUCUAAAAUUUGAAAAUCAACAGCCGAGGGGAAAUGCUAGCUCGUAAGCUAACGAUUCUUUACGGAAGCCAAUCCGGGACGGCCCAGGAUUUGGCCGAACAGAUAUGGCGUGAUUCCAAGCUGUACCAUCUUCAGGGCUCGGUAGCUGCCAUGGACGAUUACGAUAUUGGUCGAUUGAUCGAGGAACGUUUCGUGGUGCUUGUCUGUUCCACUUAUGGCCAGGGCGAAGAGCCAGACAAUAUGAAGCGAUUUUGGAAAUUUUUGUUACGAAAAAGUCUGCCAGCUGAUUCAUUGUGUGGCAUGUGGUUCGGUGUGCUGGGGCUUGGAGAUUCCCGAUACCCAAAGUUCAACUACGUAGCAAAGCGUCUGCACAAACGGCUACUUCAGCUGGGAGCCAAUGCCAUAGUGCCAGUAGGCCUCUGCGAUGAUCAGCACGACCUUGGCUAUGGUGCCGUGUUCAUGCCGUGGAUCGACGAUUUUUGGAAUAAACUGUUGGAAUUGAGCCCCCUACCAGCAGGUCUUAACAAACUGGACGAAAGUCCCCGCGAAUAUCGAUGGAAGGUAGAACGAUAUAUGGAAGAAAUAGCCAUUGAGCUUGGCUGUGACAUGUACGGGGAAUUCAAAGUGGACAAUUGUUUCACAUCUCAGGUUGUGGAAAACAGACGCACAACAGCCCCGAAUCAUUUCCAGGACGUACGAUUUAUAACGUUUCCAAAAAAAGAAGUUAACUGGAAACCAGGCGAUGUAGUUUACGUAAGACCUCACAAUUCACCUAAGGACGUCGACUGUCUGUUCGAAAUUUUCCACGAACAUAAUCUCGAUAUGCACAAAGAUACUGUGAUUCUGAUAAAGGAAAUUGAUAACGAAAUGCCUGUGCCAGAAAUUCUUAAAAAACCGUUAACACUUGAACUUGUUGCUAGCCAGUACUGGGACUUGACGGCCAUUCCAAGGGCUCGGGCCUUUGCCGUACUCGCACGCACUUGCACUGAUGAACUGGAAAAGGAAAAGCUUCGAGAGUUUUCCACCUACGAGGGUCAAGAGGAGUUAUUUUCGUAUGCAAACAGACCGCGACGAACCAUUUUGGAGGUACUGAAAGACUUUCCCCACGCUAGUAAGGCUCUGACACUACCAGCACUCUUUGAGUUGUUUCAACCGAUCAAACCACGUGCGUUUUCGAUAGCAUCUUCGAUUGGGAGCGGUAAGUUGCAGAUAUUAGUUGCCGUUAUCGAAUAUCGCACAAAGCUGCAAGAGCCGCGAAGGGGCAUUUGUUCAAACUGGCUUAAGAAUUUAUCGGUGGGAUGUACUAUACGAAUGUGGACUCGCGGUGGAACAUUCCAGCUACCGAAGGAUUCCAUGAUUCCAAUAGUAAUGGUUGGCCCUGGAACUGGCCUGGCUCCGUUUAGAGCUAUUAUUCAAGAACGUGAACUUUUGUAUGAUACUGAACGCGUAGGACCGCUGGUUUUGUUCUUCGGAUGCCGCCAAUCCCAAUCCGAUUUCCAUUGCGAGGAAGAUUUACGAAGAUGGGAAAACUCCGGACUAUUGACACUGUUUUGUGCCUUUUCACAGGACCAGAAAGAUAAAGUUUACGUUCAACAUUUAAUAAGUAAGCAAGGUGCAUUGCUUCGCAAAUUGCUAAUGGAGCUGAACGGUGUAUUUCUUGUAUCUGGAAGUUCGAAGAAUAUGCCAGAAGCCGUUCGUGAAGCCCUUGGGGAAGCCAUUGGAAGUUCUUUGUACGUUGAUGAAAUGAUCAAAAGCGAUCGCUAUCAGGAAGAAACAUGGGCUUAAGUAUUGGUUUGUGAAAGGUGUUUAUUUUAUUUCAGAAAUACAUAUCUAUUCUGUAAAUCCCCAAA